GAUUAAUUGUUAGUUUUGAUCAAUUAUCUUGGAAAAGUUGCAUCAGGAAGUGGUUUGAGGAAGUAGUUCUUCUCCUUGGUUGAGUGACAGCUGUGGUAGUGACAGCCCACACGGCGGAGCACCACAGAAUCAAGAUGGCAGGACUGUCUUUAUAUUUUGAAGAUGGCCACGAUGAUAUGGAUGACUUCCACACAGUUGGAUUUGAAAACUAUGGCUCAGAGUGUGAAGGAAUACGGAUCACAGCCUUCCUAGAUGCAGGUCAAGACAACCUCACUCCUUUAGGGAGGCUUGAGAAGUAUGCCUUCAGUGAGAACCUUUUCAACAGGGAGAUCGUGGCACGCGGGCUGCUAGAUGUGCUUCGAGAGUUCAGUGACAAUGAAAAUGACUUUAUCAGUGUCAUGGAGACAGUUGCCAGAAUGUCAGAAGAUGGAGAGCCAACAGUGCGGGCUGAGCUAAUGGAACAGAUCCCAAACAUCGCCAUGUUCUUGCAUGAGAGCCGACCCAACUUCCCAGCAGCUUUCUCCAGAUACCUGGUACCUAUCGUGGUCCUGUAUCUCACCGACCCAAAUAAUCAGGUGCGGAAGACUAGCCAGGCAGCCUUGCUUGUUUUGCUGGAGCAAGGCCUCAUCUCUAAGGCCGACAUGGAGACCAAAGUCUGCCCCGUUCUGCUAGAACUCACAGAGCCGAGCAGCGACGACGAUUACAAAUCAGAGGCCGUUGCUAUCAUGUGCAAACUGGUCACCAUGUUGAGCAAAGACACCGUAGAGCGCCUGCUUCUGAUGCGCUUCUGUGAGCUGUGCAGUGAUGCCAGGCUUUUCCAAGUCCGCAAGGUCUGUGCUGCCAAUUUCGGAGAGUUCUGUUCCAUUGUAGGCCAGGAGGCAACGGAAAAGCUGCUGAUGCCCAAGUUCUUUGACCUGUGCUCAGACAGCCUGUGGGGCAUCAGGAAAGCCUGCGCAGAGUGUUUCAUGGUCGUCUCAAACUGCACAUCCCCAGAGGUGCGACGGACAAAACUGUCGCCCCUCUUCAUCAACCUCAUAAGUGACCAGUCACGCUGGGUGCGCCAAGGAGCCUUCCAGUCUCUUGGCCGCUUCAUUUCCACCUUCGCUAACCCCUCCGGCACUGGCCUCCACUUCCGGGAGGAUGGCACCUUACUUGCGCUGCCCAGGUGUACUUUAGAAAGUGACUGCUCCAUCAACCCUCUGAAGUGCUCUGAAAUGGGGGGCUGCCCCACGCAAAGGACCAUCAGCCACACUCCUGCCAACCAGGACGGUCGCGCCACUCCUUCCCCUGAGCGCUCCCUGAUGGCUGACCUCGAGUAUGCACACGCUUUCGGCAACAACUCCACGACCGCUGCCUCGGAGCCGCGAGGAAACCCCACAUCCGGUGGCCCUUGUAGCAACACAAACAACAACAAUGACCCCACGGCUACGGAGAACGACAAGAACCAAAAGGACAUGGAGCAGGCCGACGAGAACUUCAACUCUUUUAACUACUGGAGGCCUCCGUUACCCGACAUCAGCGGGGAGCUGGAGAUGCUCACUAGCCCAACCACAGGGGAGGAAGUGGAAGGAGAGGAAGAGGAUGAGGAGGAAUGUCCUGUGUCAACAUACAGCCCAGCUAAAGCCACCAGCGACCAGAUCCAGAAAGUCCUGGACUGCUUGCAGCCCCAUAUGGAUGACCCCGAUGUACAGGCCCAAGUCCAGGUGUUGUCGGCAGCCCUUAAGGUGGCCCAGCUGGACAGCCCGACGGCUGGCUGCCCAACCGAAGACCAGCCAUCGAGUCCAACUGAAGGCCACGCCGACAGCGAUAGCCCCCCACCAGAGACCAAAACGGCUGAGGUCCAAGUGGAGAGCGAGCAGAAUCCCACAGAAGAGGAGCAAAUGGUGGAGCCUCCCCCGGUCCCGGAGUCCUGCCCCGUCCAGGAACAGGGCGAGAUGGAGACCCAGACUGAGCCCCAGGAGGGCCAAGAAGACUCUCCCCCAGGUUCCCCUGUCUUGGUGCGGGACGACUCAGACCACAGCAGCGUGGAAUCUGAACUGAUUGAAAGCGUGGAGGAGGAGAAGGAGGACUCUGCCCCUAGUCCAGUGCCAGAGGAGAAGCCUAAGCUCCAGAACGUCAUACCCCAGCAGCUGUUGGACCAGUACCUGUCCAUGACGGACCCAGACAGGGCCCAGACGGUGGACACGGAGAUAGCCAAACACUGUGCCUUCAGUCUGCCUGGGGUGGCCCUCACGCUUGGCCGCCAGAACUGGCACUGCCUCAAGGACACAUACGAGACGCUGGCCACUGAUGUUCAGUGGAAGGUGCGUCGAACGCUGGCCUUCUCCAUCCAUGAGCUGGCGGUGAUCCUGGGCGACCAGCUGACGGCCGCCGACCUGGUGCCCAUCUUCAACGGCUUCCUCAAGGACCUGGACGAGGUCCGCAUCGGCGUCCUCAAACACCUGUUCGACUUCCUCAAGCUGCUGCAUGCAGAGAAGAGGAGAGAGUAUCUUUACCAGCUGCAGGAGUUCAUGGUGACCGACAACAGUCGCAACUGGAGGUUCAGAUACGAGCUGGCCGAGCAGUUGAUCCUGAUCAUAGAGUUGUACAGCCACUAUGACGUGUAUGACUACCUCAGACAGAUUGCUCUCACACUCUGCUCAGACAAGGUUUCCCAAGUCCGGUGGAUCUCCUACAAACUGGUGGUGGAGAUCCUCCAGAAGCUGUAUGCAAGUGGAGCUAAUGACCUAGGCCUGAACUUUAUCAACGAGCUCAUAGUCCGAUUCUGCCAUUGUAACAAGUGGGUGGGACGGCAAGCCUUUGCAUUCAUCUGCCAGGCUGUAGUAGAGGAGGACUGCAUGCCCAUGGAUCAGUUCGCCCAGCAUCUCCUGCCCAGUCUGUUGAGCCUCUCUUCGGACUCGGUGGCCAACGUGCGCGUCCUCGUAGCCAAGGCCCUGCGACAGAGCGUCAUGGAGAAAGCCUACUUCAAGGAGCCCGGCUGCCCCUUCUCGGACGAGCUGGAGGAGACGGUGAUGGCGCUGCAGACGGACAAGGACCGCGACGUGCGUUUCUUUGCCACUCUGGAUCCAAACAAGGCCCUGAUGGACACGGCCCCUUUAAUCUAGCCGCCAACUCUGCCCCCCCUCCCUCACUCCCCUUUAACCCCCUCCGCCUGCCUGUCUGUCUACCUGUCUGUCUGACUGAGGCACAGUCAGCGUCUAACUGCCGUCACCAGCACCUGACCACCAGACCCCACCACCUGCAGAACUGUCCUGCACCAGCCACACCCUACAGAUUUGUACAGACUACAGUAUAUAUACCGCCCUAAAUCAUGCAUGCUCUCGUAAAACAAAAAAAAACAACAGAGCUGCAUUGUUUUUUUUUUUAUUGCGAUGAGACCUGCAUAAUGCACAUUAUACAACACAUAAUAGACAUUUUUUCAAUUCAAGAGGGAUGUUUUUGAUCUCUUCUUGCCAUGAAAGCUCCCCAAUCAGAAAAGAAAACCUAACAAUAGUGAGCAGGUCUCAAGAGAUUAGUCUGACCCUUCUUUGGGGGCAGCCGUGUCUCCUCGUCACUCGGCUUGUCCUCCUUUUCCUCGGCUAUACCAGUAACAUGCUAAGACCCUGCUUCACCAAUCAACGAGGGGGCUUCGUGUUCUCCAAAGCUAAUUAUAAAGUCGAUUUUUGUUUUUUUCCUUCCCGUUCUGAUUAUUUUAUUUUUACUUUCGGAUCACUAAACGAACAAGCACGCUAAGGAAGUCUGCAUGGCGGACGCAGGCACCAACUCAGGGGGGACUGAUCCAGACCUUGACGCGUUAGCUCUGACCUGCUACUACCAGCUAGGCCUGAGCGGCGGCUCGCCACAUCCCAGCUGAUGGAACUCCCGGUGGUUUACUAAGUUAGUUCUGGACCAGCUUAAAAACCCACCCAGUAGCUCUGCUGCUGGGUCUCUCUUGCCACACCAACCUGUUGUGUUCCUCAUUUCCACUGGGCUCUUCACGCUUUCCCAUUCCUCUCCAUUUUCACUUGUUUCUCACACAUUCUGCUUCACGUGUUCAUGGACCGAUGAUGCUACCACUACGACGACGGCUGUCACACAGGAGAACCGAGGACUGCCUCUGCGUUACAGGCCUUGAUGUAAACACCAUGUCUCAUGUCUGAAUGAAUGCCUUAAUGGACUAUUGGUGGCAUUGCUGCCGCGUGUGCGUGUGUGUGUGUGUGCGCGUGUGUGCAAAUAAUGUGACGGCACCUCUCCAAGGAUGGCAGGAGAGCCAAGGAAAUACCUCUCUGUCAGGAUGCGGCUCUGGCCAGUGUGUGUUGUAUAGAGAAAAGGGGCCCAGGGUUGGAGCAGACUGAAUGUCCUCUUGUGUUGAACUGCUCUCGCGGGGAGCACCUUUCACAUGAUUAAGAAACACUUGAUUCUAACAAGGGCUCACAACGAAGUGGCACGGUUCGAUUAUCAAACCUCAGAGCAAAGGACGGUGGCAACUCAAGCACACUAUUCUUUUAUUUCAUUUGUAUUAUGCAUGUCAAGCCUUCCGUUUUCCCUUCCUCCUGUUGUACAGUCUAUCCCUAGCUCCCUUUUUUAAGUUUACCACAUAUGUGACCAUGGUAGCGUUUCAGUGGAUCUGACUGACCAAGUUGUACAGUAGCAAAUUCUGAAUGACGCAAAUCACAGUCGAGUGUGUUGGGCGGUUCAAUCAGGAGGUUGGUGAAUAGAUGUAAAGAGAAAGCGGUGUUAUUAUUGGCCCUUGUAUGGGUCGAAUGCAUAAAGUAUGAGGUUUCUAAACCCUUAGCUAUUUGGAACAUUGUAUAGCUUAAACCUGUGGAAACGAUGUGUUUCUGAAACAAUGGCCAGUCAUCUUUAUUUUUACAAUGACGUGUGAAUAUGAUGGGAGCAGUCACCAAGUCACUUUCUGAGUCUUCAGUUCUUUGACACCCCCCCCCGGCUCGCCUAGUUUGUAAAUCAGCCAUUCUGACCAUGACUUGAAGUCUCAGCUGAUGUGUGGAGCGCGCUGCGCAUUCCCAAGUACUUCUUGUGUUUGGAAGGAGAGUUAACUGUGUGGCUGUGCAUCGUCUAUACUCAUCUCAUCUGUCAGCAAACAUUUUGUGCCCAUCUCAUUUUUUAUGUGGUAGAACUGUUAAUAUAUGCAUUUUAUGAAAAUUAUUUUUCUUUUCAAUUAUGCACCACUGUUCAAAGAUUUUAUAUCCUAACUUUGCAAAAUCUACAACCUUUGUAAUAUUCAAUGGUUUCUUUUAAAAGGACAUUUUAUGUAAUGUUAUUUUUAGCAUUCUGUAAUUAAAAUGAUGAAAUUAGGUUGUGUUCUGGUGUUUAAUGUAAAUGAAUAUACACCAAUCAAGCUUGGAUCAGUGGACAAUUAAAGACUACACCAAGUUGAUGUAUAAAGAAACGAUUCCAACAAUUGUAUACCUACAACACAGUAUGCUAAUGUAGUGUACACUAAACCUGUACUUGAAUAUUUAAUAACUAAAAGGGGGUUGCUUUUCCAACAAUAUCAUAUUUGACAAAUCUACUGGCCCACAAGCACAUCAUUGGAGGGGAUUUUUAUUUUCGUUUGAAGAGAAGCAACUUUCUAUCCCAGGUGGUGCUGCCAAAGCUCUGGAUAAGCUCCAUGCUGCAUUGUGUCUCCAAAUGUUUCCUAGCAUGGUCGGCCACAUCCCCGUUGAUUUUCAAACUCUUGAAGUGUUCAAAGUCGGAGCGGCCAAGCUUCCGUAGCCGACGGGCCGCAGAGCGAUAGCACUUCCAGGGCUGAGCCUCCAGGACGAUAUGCUGGCUUAGGGACGCAAGCCGAGAGAGGAACUUUAACAGAGCUACGUCUCCGUGGUUCAAGUGGAUCCACAUGGUGACGGCAAAACAGAAACACAAAUGGAAAUGGGCACACCCAUGUCGUUUGAGGUAGUCCUGCAGUGGAUCCUGGCUUGAGGGAUCCUUGGCGAUAUCUAGAGGAAUAAAGGAAAUGUUUUCGGGAAGCGGAUUUGUCUCUUGAGCUCGCUGAAUGAGGCUCUCGUCCAAAUCGAAACCCAGGACGUGAGCUGCCCUGGGUUUUGAGCUUUCGUCCUUUUCUGGUGUCAGCACAAAAUGUUUGUACAGAGCUACACUCAGGUCCUAAAAAUUAGAAAUAGAAAGAACAUAUUUUGGAUAAUCAAACACUCGACCUGACGGUUACUUGCAUAUAAAUUUAAUAGAGCCAUGUGCAACAUACCCCAGAAUUACAUCCUACGUCGAGCAUCAACAUAGUUUGGUGAAUGUCUCUGUAUCCUAAAUCUUGAAAGAGUGUAUUAGGCAGCAAACUUAAACGGUUCUCAGGUGGAUUAAAUGUGUAAUAGUUUAUAAAGUUGCCAUAAGGAGCAGCACCUGGAUCAUUUAAAUCAUUGUCCACGUUAUCCUUCUCGUAUGCUGCCAUUGUAGUGUGCGCAUUCUAAACAAGUCCGACUAGAAACAGCCACCUGAAGCUCCCCUGAAGAUAAUUUGUCCUGCAUGUGCUCCCGUAGUUGUCGACGUCUGCACUGUGCUGCUUUGAAGGUGAAGACUCUUUUGGUUAUUAGUUGUAUCAACACAAAGGAUCGGUCUCACCAUGGCUUUUGGAAAGCGAGUGGCUGAUUAUGGAUAUCGGGCCUUUUCUGGAUCAAUGAUGCUGCUGACGGUCUAUGGUGGUUACCUGUGUGUAUUGCGAGGAUACCGCUAUAUGCAGAAACAGAAACAGCUCCAGAUUUCAGCAGAAAACCAGGACACAGAAGUGAUGAAAGACUAGAUGGACUACUUUCAGUUUUCAUUGAAAUUGUUAUUCUUGUUUGGUUUGACCAUAACAAAGUCUUGAAGAUUUAUCUAUGGACACAAAUCCACUGUAAGUCAUGGUAAUGCCCAUGCCAAAGGAAGUUGAAUUGUUUCCGUUGCAUACUAAAUUAUUGUAACUAUGACGACAAACAGUUUAAAAGAGUGUACCAGUGGUGAAAAUAUUGCCAAUCAUAUCUGUUUUAUGAACACCAAUUGUCCUCAAUAAUUGCAAGAUGAUAUGAUUGGUUGUAAAAUAAAUAAUAAUUGUCAACCAAUAAA